UCUCUGUCUCUGUGUCAAUGCAGUGUUUCAUCGGUCAAAUGAUACCAAUCUGAAACCAAGAAAAAAUCCAAUCCUUCCUUUUUUUUUCUCCCUACACCUCCUCUCUAUUUCAUAUAAAGUCUUUAAAACAUCGAUCAUCAAUCAUCAUCUGAAUCCUCUCCAAGUGUGUUGUGGGUUUUUGGGUUUUGAGUUGAUGGUGAAACUGGGUCUCGCCGGGACAUUAAAGUUGUGUUCUGUAGUGAAGAGCUGAUCCUCUCAUGGGUUGCAUCAUCUCCAAGAAGAAGUCUCUGAAGAGACACCAUCACCAUCAUCAACAUCAACAAAGGAAGGAAUCAUCAGAGAAGCGUUCUUCAAGGAUCAAUUCGUCGAGGAUCGAUGAUUCUAGCCAAAGCAAAGAGGAGCAAGAAGAUAGGUCGAGUUACAGAGACGACGCCAAAGUUGAGUUCAAUUCGAGUAGAUAUUCUGAGAAGCAUCCGGAGAUUUCAGAGAUUGGUGAUACGGAUGAAGACGAAGAUACUACUCCUCCACACGAGGAACUAAAGAGAGACCCUAGCGUUGCAGAACAAGUGGCCGCAGGAUGGCCUGCUUGGCUUGUCUCUGUGGCUGGUGAAGCACUUGUGGAUUGGACCCCACGGCGCGCUAGUACCUUUGAGAAACUCGAGAAAAUUGGUCAAGGCACUUAUAGCAGUGUAUACAAGGCACGUGAUCUUAUUAAUAACAAGAUUGUUGCACUUAAAAGAGUCCGGUUCGAUCUUAGCGAUUUAGAGAGUGUUAAGUUUAUGGCUAGAGAGAUUAUUGUUAUGAGAAGGCUUGAUCAUCCUAAUGUACUUAAGUUAGAAGGCUUAAUCACCGCCUCUGUUUCGUCUUCUCUUUACUUGGUUUUCGAGUAUAUGGAUCAUGAUCUCGUCGGACUUGCUUCCAUACCCGGUAUCAAGUUCUCUGAGCCUCAGGUUAAAUGUUACAUGAAACAACUUCUAAGCGGGCUUCAUCAUUGUCACAGUCGCGGUGUUCUGCACCGCGAUAUAAAGGGAUCGAAUCUACUGAUUGAUAGUAAUGGAGUCUUGAAGAUAGCGGAUUUCGGUUUAGCUACGUUUUUCGACCCAGAGAACCGGAUUCCAUUGACUAGCCGUGUUGUGACUCUUUGGUAUAGACCACCAGAGCUUCUUCUUGGAGCUUGUCAUUACGGUGUUGGUGUUGAUUUGUGGAGCACAGGAUGUAUCCUAGGCGAACUGUACUCCGGGAAACCGAUCCUGCCGGGGAAAACAGAGGUGGAGCAACUGCAUAAAAUAUUCAAGCUGUGUGGUUCACCAACAGAAGAUUACUGGAGGAAACUGAAGUUACCACCUUCAGCUGCGUUUAGACCUGCCCUUCCUUAUGGACGACGUGUAGCAGAUAUGUUCAAGAAUUUGCCUACUAAUGUUCUUUCGCUUUUGGAGGCUUUACUCUCCAUAGAUCCUGAUCGGAGAGGGUCUGCAGCUAGAGCUCUCGAGAGUGAGUACUUUAGAACAGAGCCGUUGGCUUGCGAUCCAUCUUCCCUACCAAAAUAUCCACCAAGCAAAGAGAUUGAUGCUAAACUCCGCGAUGAUGCAAAGAGGCAACAACGACCUGCACAGGAGAAGCAUGAAAGACAAGACUCUCAGAGACGAUCACACGAGAGAAAACUUAUCCCACCAGUGAAAGCUAAUCCAUCUCUCACAGCGGCUACGGAGAAUCCUUAUUUAAGAACGUGUGUGCUGGGUAAUUCAACGAGACAAAUGCAUAUUACAAAGGAGAAGACCAGCAACAAUAAAACGAGUGCGACAGUCUCAUACUCGGGUCCCAUAAUGAAAAACCGGAAUCAUAGUCGGUUGAAGGACAAUGCAGCCCCUUGGAUACCUUGUUCAUACAGAGCAGGACAAAGUGUGGUAGACACAGUUGGCUCGAAUCAACUCAUCAUGGAUCAGCAAAGGGAGAAUUUGAGAACAUUCAACAGAGCUGACACCAUGGAUAAUAGUAAGAGGCAAAUGAAAAUCCCAAAUGACCCGUCUUGGUAUGAUUCUGAGGAAAACAAAAUGUACAUGUCGGGUCCAUUGCUGGCUCAGCCAAGUAAAGUUGAUCUGAUGCUGGAAGAACAUGACAGGCAGCUCCAGGAAUUCACCAGGCAGAAGGCAAAGCAAUCCAGAAACUGAAUCAUGUGUCUGAAAUGAUUUGGUUAAUUUGGCAGGAAGGGACAAAAACAUAACCAGUUUGAGUCUUGUUUGUAUCAAAGAAGAGUCUGAUGAUAAGCUUUUUUCUGGUUCCUAGAUUUUGGAAAAAAUAUAUAUAUUAUAAUAGAGAUUUAAGAUUGUUUGCUUUAUGAAAAAAAGCUCAGCUCUGUGAUUACAUAGAUGUGUAUAACAUUUAUACAGACUCAUCAUAGAGUUUGAUCUUGUCUAGAUAUGUAUGUACAUUUCUUCAUAUAUUAUAAAGAUGUGUUCAUACAUACACAGGUUAAAC